AUGAGUCGCAGGCUUGGGGAGAACCGCGCCCACGUGGCGAGUCACCUGGAGCCUCGACUGGUUUCUGGGGCUAGCAACACCCACAUCUUCAACAACACAUCAACGCAUCGGCGCCUCAUUGCCAUCUUUCGCCAUCAUGCAGCCACCCCCUUUGAGCAGCCAGAGGUCACUGCAGUCGCUUGCAGCUUUGACUCCAGGGACCUCGACGACACCACGAGCCUACCUCACAUCUGCCUCUCAUAUACCUGGGGAAACCCAUUCGCCCACGGCACCGAAUUUAAGGAACACUUUGACCGCGUGGCCCUCCAAUACCAGGAGGCAAACAGGGUGCGCGUCCUUGUCGACGAGCAUCCGAUGCUCAUCCAGAAGAACCUCCACGAUGCCAUGGCCAUGAUUCCCAAAGACGCCUACGCCGAGUAUGCCAAUGGCGUAGUCGAUGGCACCCCGGGACAGACUUAUUUACACAUGGCGUCCUACGGAGGCCGUCCCAACAAUGUCGAGAAUUGGUUCCAUUGGGGCGCCGGCAUUAACAAGCUCGAUGACACGGGGCACAACGCCUUGCAUUACGCCGCCGACCAGGACCAGCUGGAGUGUGUCGAGGUGCUGCUCAGGCAAGCUUCCCGCGGAUUUGGCGAGAGGAAAGGCCAUGACGCCGUCGCUGCCUUUAUUGAAGCCGCACAGGCAGGGAAGGCGGAGGGAGAGCGAGGAAUGGCCUGCCUCGCCGUGGCUUCGGGACGUGUGCCGAGGCCUUUGAUCUGGGCCGAGGCCAUUUGCAUCAAUCAGGAAGAUGUCGUUGAGAAGAGCACCCGGGUGGCCAUGAUGGACCGGAUAUACUCGAAUGCCAUGUAUACCCUUGCCUGGCUGGGACCAUCGGACGACCACUCCGGUAGGGGAAUUCAAGUUUUAAAGACUCUGUCGACGCAUCUCGCCGCGUUUAAAGAGGCCGUCAUUGAGCCCUUUUCGGGCAAGGACAAGGGCCGACAUGCCGUACAUCUCCGAACGGGACUGGGCAAGCCUGGCCUCUCUCUACCAACGACAAUGGUUCCGACGCGCCUGGAUCUCUCUUGCCUGGCGGGACUUGGGCCAAGUCUCGGAAGCCAUUCAAUACAACGAAGCGAGGCUGGGCUCGUCGCUUCAUCUCGAUUCAUCCCUGCAGAGGACCCAGCUGUGUCCGUUGUGUGGGACAUGGCAGAGGUGUCAAAAUGGCGACGCUUCAAUAUUUCAGCCGGCCAAGGGGGUGGCGGCGGCGACGACGACGACGACGCCAAGGAGUCGCAAUCGUGGUUCACGCUGAAGCAUCUGGUGUACAACUUUUGGACCUUUGUAGCGUUUGACCCCCGGGAUAUGGUGUUCGCCUACUACGGCCUGCUGAAUCAGUAUGCUGCGGAGCGGCACCGGGCGGACUACGGCAUGGGUCUCGUGGCGAUUUACACCGCGGCGACGAGGGACCUCAUCCGGAGCGAGGCGUCGCUGGCCGCCCUGUCAUGCUGCCGUCGCGGCGGCGAACCCUGUCCCUCGCAACUUUGCGCGGACAAGGGGCUGCAGUACGUCCCACCCAAGACGACGCCCGACGACCAGGCGAGCAGCCUGCUCCGUGAAAGGGGUCAUUUUAUCGGCCGCGUCUCGGCCGUCGGCGGGCGAUCCGGCACGAGGCCCAACGAGAAGCUCGCGUUUGACCUGUCGUGGCUGAAGCUGCCGCUGUCGCUGCGAGGCAAAGGCGGCUACCUGCCCGGCGCGAGCCUGUCGUGUAUCCUGUGGACGACGCUGUGUAUGGACACGUCGCCCGGCGGCAUGUUCGACCCCAGCGUGCUCGGGGACAAGGCGCACAGCGCGCAGGGGGUAGACUUUCGCAUCUUUGUGCUCCUGGGGAUUCUGGCCGCGGGCGAUGCCCUGAUCCGCGAGAGGCUGGGGCUCGAGGACGCGGCGACCAGGCACGGCGACCUUGUGUUCAGCCACCUCGACUAUGACCCCAUGAAGGAGGACCUGGAGCCCGUGCUGGCGGACCUGGACGCCUUUGCCGAGCACGACGGCGACCAGUGCUGGCUGCCCACCCGGGCAGAGGUCCUGAGGUGCUAG